AUUAAAACAAACAAAUAAGAUCCAGUUUGUUUGGAUAAGUUAAAAUUUACAAGUAUAUUGAAAAUAAUCAUUUAGUAUAAAUUAAAAACUCUAAUAAAAAUGGCUUUUCGGACUGGUGUCAAAAUUUUUCGUCAUUAUUUUCAACAAAAUGUUUCACUACGUACUUUAAACAAUUAUCGGAAUACCGCCACUCUUAUCAAACCAUUCCCUUCGACAAGUCAUUCAAAGGAUCAAAAAAAUAGUAUAAAUGAAGAUAAAAAGAAUUUGCAUAGCGGCAAUGCAAAUACAUCAAAAAUAUGUGCGGAAACCCCUAAUGGGUGUGGUGCUGUAACUGCCAAAACAGGUAUUUUUGAAAUAAAAAAAAAUUUAUUAAACACUCAUAAAAAUAAGAUGGCAAUCGUAAGUUUAAAACCUGGCAUAAGACAUUUUCACACAAAUCGUGCUUCGUUACAAGUGGGUGCUAAUAAAAUCAGAAAAUUAUUGAAUACAGAAAUGAGUAUCCGAAAAACAUUAACAAUAAUACAAAAAAGAUUUAUUCAUCCAAUCUACGAAUGUCCACCACCUCCACCACCAAAAGAACCUUGUGGAUAUUUAUAUCCACCACCCGAACCUGAAUUAUAUUGUCCACAGCCUUGUGCACGUACGCCAGCAGAAAAACGUUUGUGGAGUCAAUGUGGCAGAAUGUGUAUAAGAGGUUGUCCACUUCGUCGACAACAAGAAUAUUGUUUUGAUGAAGAGUUAGUACAGCCAUGCUACGAAAAAAUGUUACCACCAACACCUUCAUUUUCAGAAUGUCGAUGUAACCCAAUACCCAAACCAAUUUUAUGCCCCGAAUGUUAUCCAAAAUUUCCUUCUUGUCCAAAACCACCCAAGUAUUCAGUUUUAUGUCAAGCGUUACCUUUGCCAAGACGUCUAGAUUGUAUACCUAGACCAAAACCUCGACAAAAACCGUGGUCGGAAAUUGAAAGAUGUAAUAUACCACAACGUUGUUAUAACCCAUGGAGGGCGGAUGAUCACUAUCCUCCAAAGCAAUGGAAACCCCUACCUCCAGUAUUUCCAUCAUUUCCACCACCAACCAAAGAAUUCAUAUUUAGUAAACCUGGACCUGCGAACAUUGGUGGCCCGCCAAUGGGCUGCAGUAUACGAGCAUUCAGUACAUUUUCGAGACAAUCACAAAAACGAGCCUACAGUACAUCUUCUCCUAGACAAAUACAAAAACCAAUUCAUGUAAUAUCUACCAUUAUUCGAAAAAUGAGUUUAUGGCCACCACCACCUUGUCGCACAAUGUACCCAAGAAAUUGUAGAGUUGCUGAAAAAGAAUAUGAUCCAUGUAUUCGUGAAUUAAGACGUCGUACCGAAGGGCUUGGCUGUAUGAAAGAAGUACGACCAGCAACCGGUAACUGUUAUCGUUGGCAUAAACGUGUAAAUAAGAUCGUUGGGAAUAUAUCACAAUAUGAUGGACGCGCGAAACCAGAUUCACCUUUCUUUCCAAAAUUCAGACGUGCCUUUUCUACCAUGCAUUCACCUUUUGCUAUACAAAUGAGAAAUUACGCUACGGGACAUCAUAUGCAUGAUACAUUUUCUACUUUUUUACCGAUGUAUCAAACGAGAUUAAUAAAAUGUCGUGCAAAAUGUGUCGUUUUAAAAGAUGAUAUUCAAAAAUUGAGAAACCAAACGGAAGGAUGUUGCAUUGUCCCCGAACCAUGUUCAAUACCGAAAAAAAUAAUGGAACGUAUUGACCCAUUAGAAGUACAGUAUGAUCCAGUUUGUAAUAUACCAAGAUUAUGGCAUCGACCAAUUAGUUUAAAAUUAUUUGCAGAAAAAAAUUGUAUAGAUAUACGUAAACAAACCGAAGGUGAAUGUAGACCAAAAUGCCUAACAACAUUUAAAUUACCAGGUUGCACGCAACGAUUCCGAAUUGAUUGUGCUAGUGCCUUAGCAUAUUUCCCUUGCAGGAAAAAUGAAUGUCCGCAUCCAUCUUACUCAGAAUGUAAAGAAGAUGAUCCGUAUAGAGACAUACAUGAAUGUACAUUCUGUCAAGAUUCGAUAACGCCACCGAAUUUCUAUCAAAAAGAUCCGGAUUGUUCUUGUGCCAAAGGGCCAUGUAAACGUACAUGGUCAGCAUCGUGUGAAGACAAAGAAAAAGAAUACAUUGACCCUAGAACAUUCCGUAGAAUUCGUUGUUUCACUACUUACGAUAUAACAUCAAGAGCUUUACCACCAAGUCAUGGUCUGAAACGAUGCGAAGAGUUGAAACGUCUUCAUGCACCCAAAACGGAUGCACAAAGAGGGUUUAAAUAUUCUGUAAAAGGACCAUCCGAUAUGGGAACAAUAAUAUAUGGUAGAUAUAAACGUUCUUAUUCUACUUACACUAGAUCCAGAGGAAUUAGUCAAAGUGCCAGUAAAUUAGACAAAUUGGUUGAUGUAACGAGAACAGAACUUAUAAUGGAUCCAUCCAUAGGCGAAAAGUGUUGUAAAGAAAAAUGUGAAGAGUUGUGCUAUGAUUGCGAAAUUGAUACUCCAGAAAAUAGAAAAAAAUACUGCAUUUCUCAAAGACGUGAUACAUACUCCUGUGGAUGUCCCCCAGAACGCACGGAUGCACAUUGUAUAAAACAAAAUAAUUGCCCACAAAAUAAUUGCAACCCAACUCGUAAUUAUAGUACAUUUCGACCUGGUGACGGUAUUAUAAGAAGUUUGAACGCCAAAUCUUCAGCUGAUAUUGAUGUAACACCGUCAUAUGAUCUUCCAACUGAUACAAUGAGGGCUGAAUCUACAAAAAAUCGUAUGAAGAUGGCCGAUGAAAUCGGUAAUUUUGGAAUAGAUAGUCAUGAACACUCCAGAAGAAUAACUACAAGACGGCAACAGGCAUUGGUUUCAUACACGAAUUCGUUACGUCACAUGUCAUCUGCACCAUCAAUGUCUUUAUCGAUCAAAUCAGAUGAUGCUUUUAACGGGUUUGUUAAAAUUUCAAAAAAAAAAUUACUAUCAUCCCCGGUCAUUUGUGUAAAUUCAUUAAAAGAUUCGCACGGACCAAAUUCGCAUUUCCAAUUAUCAUUGCGGUACUCUACAUUAGGUUCAAUGUCUGCCAUGUCCACAUUAAAUCGAAUGCAAAGUUCUGUUAAAAAUGAUGAAAUCAAGGAAAAUGUGGAAUAUGCAAAAAUUAUAACAGCUCGAAGAUUGUUAUUAUCAUUUCCUACAUUAAAACGAAAAUACAAAGCUAGCAACGAUCGAUUUUUAUUGGGUAAACUUGUAGAUGUGGAAACAAUAGAUCCAUUGAUUAGUGAAAAAUGUUUUGCGAGAAAAUGUAAGCAAUUGGAGCACACAAAUGAACAAAGGGGUCUUCCACCUGUUUGUCCAAACAAACCUGAAUGCUUAACUAAUGAGAAUCGUAUACGAUAUUGUCAUCGACAACACCGUGAUACGUACACCUGUAGAAUACCACCAGAAAAAACUGAAAACAUUUGUAGUACUCAAAUUGACUGUUGGCCAGACAAUCCUUUGAAAACUGUACCUGUAGAAUGUUCAACAGACUGUGCACACUUUAGACGUGCACAUCCACAACGACGGCGCUUUUCAACUGCAGCCCUCAAGGAAGAAAUGGAAGAGGUUAAAGAUAUUCAUAGUGACGAUAUAAUCGAAGGUGCUAAAGAAACGGACGCUGUUAUGCAAUCGAUGUACAAAUUUGAUGUAAAGAAGAUUGAUAGUUGGGACGAUUUACCAACAGUAAAUAUCCAACAAAAUUAUAAUAAACAUAUGAAUAAAAAAUUUAACGAUUUUCGGGAUGGACAUGUACGAAAACAUUUUUUAUCGAAACGAAUGCCAAAAUUUUCUGAAACACAAGAGAGAGAUUAUUCGACAGGUAUAAUUAACGAUACAAAUUUUGAUAAUUUUGCUAAUGUAUUAACUAACAACGUAACGCAAAUUUUUAAAGCUCAACCGUAUUCCCCAGAUUUGAUUGAAUUAAAAAAACAACAAAUAAUUGGGAAAGUGAUGUCAGCAGUAAAAUCAAGUGGUAUGGGAUUAUUUGAGCAAACUGUGAAAUGUAUGAAUCCAUGUAAUGAAAAUAGAAUUGCUGAUAAUAUAUCCUGUCAUCCACCCGAUCCCAGACCAUUGCCUGUACAGUGUGAAAAACCGCAAGUAUGUUAUAAAAAUCCAUGCAAUGAUAAAUGCCAAGAGAGAACAAUGAAACAAAAGAAACGAUUUUGCGAUAAAGUAUGUUUACCUGGCUGUAAACCAAUUACUGCACGGGAGUAUUGUAAUAUGGAAAAACCACUACCUCCAUGUCAUAUUAAAGAAGCACCAUACCCAUCGUUUGCCGAAAAAAAAACUUUUGAUUUUGCUCGACGAAAAAUUAAUGAAUGUAACAAAGCCAAUUAUGAAUUGUAUCUACGUCAAGUGAAAUCUGCACAAUUCGCUCCACUUCCUAAUGAUGGCCGAGCACCAACAAUGGCAAAUGACUGCAAGGAAUAUUCAACGUAUGCACCUGCACAUCACUCAGACGCAAUUGCAAGUAGUGUAAAUGCAAACGCUACCGUAAUUACAACUGAAAUAAAUCAAAGUCAGACGAAUCAAAUAGAUCAAAAUCAAAACUACUAUGCACAAAUGUCAAAGACGGUUCAAGAAGUAAAACAGGAGAAACGGCCAUGUUGCUGUUGUUGUUGUCCACCUCAGCAACCACCAGAACCCGAGUGUUGUAUUAUAGAAUCACCAUGUAAACCAGAACCGGAAUGUAUUAAGGAGCCCGAACCAGAAAGGCCCCUUGAAUUAGGAGCAGAAUGUCGUUGUAUGCCAUUUCAACCUCCAUGCAUUGAAUUGAAACCAGGUUGUAAAAAACCGUGUACACCAUAUGUGUUACCUCCACCACCUCCGCCAAGACAAAGAAAGCCGUGCCCACCACCACCACCACCUCCAGUGACAGUUACUCCAUGUAUUAGACCACCCCGUCCACCAUAUGUGUUAGUCGACAGGUGCAAGAGAUGGCGUGAAUGCUGCAGGGAACCUCCUCCACCAAAAAUAUGCCCCUGCGAGGAACCAUGCGAUAAUACACCUGUCAAUGAAUGUUGUAAAUAAAUGUUCAAACUGAAAUAAAUAAUUGUGUGAAACAUU